AUGAACUGUGGAAAUGCCACAUCAGCGUCGGGUACAGAACACCACCACCAAGGCUCCAGUGCCAUCUGGCUGGACAGAGUUGACUGCACGGGAAAUGAAGCAGCUCUCAGAGAAUGCCCCAAAAGUCCCCGGGAUGUGCAAAGCUGUGACCACAAAAGGGUUGUGCAUGUGAAGUGCUCAGACCCAGAGAAGAUCAGAUUGGUGAACGGUUCAAACAGGUGCUCUGGGAGAGUCGAGGUGCUCCACGAAAAGCAGUGGGGAACCGUGUGUGAUGAUGACUGGAAUAUGAAGAAUGCCCAAGUCGUUUGCAGAGAACUUGGAUGUGGAAAAGCCAUAUCAGCCCCACGAGGAGCUCACUUUGGAGAGGGAAGUGGCCACAUUUGGCUGGACGAUGUCAAAUGUAAAGGAAGAGAAGCUUCCCUCAGGGACUGCAAGCUAAGACCUUGGGGAGAGCAUAACUGCCACCAUGAAGAAGACGCUGGUGUGGUGUGCUCAGCCCUAUCGGAUGCAUCUGAAAUCAGGUUGGUGAAUGGUUGGAGUCGCUGCAGCGGGAGAGUGGAAGUGCUCCACAAUGGAGUGUGGGGCACUGUUUGUGAUGACAACUGGGGUGUGGAGGAUGCAACAGUUGUGUGUAGGCAACUGGGGUGUCUACAUGCAAUAUCAGCCCCAUCUGCCUCAUAUUUUGGAAGGGGAACUGGCCAAAUCUGGCUCGAUGAGGUCAGAUGCAAAGGUGCAGAAUCAUCUCUCAGUGAGUGCUUAGCAAAUCCUUGGGGAGAGGAGAACUGCGAUCAUGGAGAAGAUGCUGGUGUCAUAUGCUCAGAGGUAAGGCUGGUUGGUGGUUCAACUCCCUGUGCUGGCCGGGUCGAAGUGCUCCGUAACCAGGAAUGGGCCACAGUGUGUGAAAAUGGCUGGGACGUCAACGAAGCCCGUGUUGUGUGCCGAGAAGUGGGCUGUGGAGAUGCUUUAGCAGCACCAGGUGGAGCGAAGUUUGGACAAGGUUCUGGUCCAAUUUGGAUGGAUGGAGUCAACUGCACAGGAGAUGAAGUCAGUCUAAUCAAAUGCCCAGCAAACCCAUUGGCAGAACACAGCUGUGACCACAGCAAGGAUGCUAGUGUCGAGUGUACAGAACUACCCGAGAUCAAAUUAGUGAAUGGCCUCAGUUCAUGUUCUGGGAGAGUCGAGAUACUCCAUGAUAGACUUUGGGGGACUGUAUGCGGUGAUGACUGGGACCAUGAAGACGCCCAAGUUGUGUGUCGUUACCUUGGGUGUGGAGAUGCUUUAUCAGCCCCACAAGGUGCCAAAUUUGGAACAGGAUUGGGACCUAUCUGGCUAGGUGAUGUUAACUGCAAAGGGACCGAGAACGCCAUCAGCCAGUGCCAGGCCAAUUACCAGGUGAAGAAUAACUGCUCCCAUAAUAAAGAUGCUGGUGUUGUGUGCAGAGGUAUUUCUGUCUCAUCAGACGUCCGUCUAAUGAAUGGCUCAGAUCGCUGCUCUGGGAGAGUUGAAGUGUAUCGGAAUGAGCAGUGGGGGACCAUUUGUGAUGAUGGAUGGGAUCUACAAGAUGCCCAAGUGGUGUGCCAAGAAAUGAAUUGUGGAAAUGCCUUAUCAGCAUUAGGCGUUGUGCACUAUGGCCAAGGAUCUGGUGCCAUCUGGACGGACAGACUUAACUGCAUGGGAAAUGAAAUGGCCCUCAAAGAAUGCCCAAGAAGUUCUUUGGGGGAGCAUAGCUGUGACCACAGAAGGAUUGCAAGUGUGGAAUGCUCAAGUCAGCUCAGAUUGAUGAAGGGCUCUAACAACUGCUCCGGCAGAGUUGAACUGUUCCAUAAGCACCAGUGGACAACCCUGUGUGAUGAUGGCUGGAAUAUGCGCAAUGCUGAAGUGGUGUGCAGGGAACUGGAUUGUGGAGUAGCCCUGGCAGGCCCGUAUCAAGCUGACUUUGGGGAGAGAACUGAACCCAUCUGGCAGUUUAAAGUCCAAUGUAACGGGACAGAAGCUACCCUCAUGGACUGCAACCUAACGCCUCGGGCAGGAGUUGGGUGCCGCCGCGCGGACGUUUAUGGUGUGGUGUGCUCAGGUAAUCAGCAGGCACUAAAUUGUAGUCCUGGAAACUGA